GGGAAAAACAAAUGUACAUGAAGAUGAUCAUACCUGUACAAGAGCAAAAGAAUCCAAAAAAAAUUCAAAAAGUUUCAAUCCUUUUUUGGGGUUGUCUCAAAUUGUGUAAAGUUUUCAAUUUGGGGUUUUCUAAAGGGAGGAAAUCAAAACUUAAAGCACACAAGAUGAAGAAAAUGGUGAUGAAGAAGGAACUCUGUGUCAUAACCCCUAUAUAAGGUUGAAUCCGGACUAUAUUUCUCAGCCAAGGUUUUAUCAACUUUUGAUAAGGAAGAUCAUCUGCAGCGAUCAUCUUUGUCAUCUUUGUCAUCUUUAUAAUUAAGUUUUAUUCCCAGUCAAGAAGAUUUGAUAACGCUUCUCUGAAAUUGUUCUUUUGUUUCUGUUAGAGAAUCAACGGGAACAGGAAUCUUUUCGAAGUCCUACUUCUAUAUCCCUUUUCAUCCCUCAAUUCAGGAUUGAUGCCUAAAAGAAGCCGAAAUGUUGUGGAGCCACUGCGUUCUUCCCACCUCUGUGAACUGUCAAAUAGAAGGAAUGACAGAUCAGAAGGAGAGCGCACUCAAGUAGCUUCUACACUUGAUUCAGCUGUUGAGCCACAUCGUUCUUCCCGCCUCUGUGAACUGUCAAAUAGAAGGAAUGACAGAUCAGAGGGAGAAAGUCUCUGUGGACUGUCAAAUAGACGGAACGACAGAUCAGAGGGAGAACGCAUGGGAAACGACAGAUCAAAAGGAGAACGCACGGGGAAUGACAUAUCAGAGGGAGAACGCAUGGGGAACGACAUAUCAGAGGGAGAACGCAUGGGGAACGACAGAUCGGAGGGAGAACGCACGGGGAACGGCAGAUCAGAAGGAGAACGUACGGGGAACGACAGAUCAGAGGGAGAACGGCUCCGUGAACAGUCAAAUAGCAGGAACUCCAGAUCAAGGAACGAAAGAUCAGAGGGAGAACACACGGGGAACGACAUAUCAGAGGGAGAACACGCGGGGAACGACAUAUCAGAGGGAGAACACAUGAGGAACGACCAAUCAGAGGGAGAAUGCACGGGGAACGACAGAUCAGAGGGAGAGCGGCUCUGUGAACUGUCAAAUAGCAGGAACUCCAGAUCAGAGGGAAAACGCUUCCGUGGACUGCCAAAAAGAAGGAACUCCAGAUCAGAGGGAAAGUUAAACUCGAUUAACUUUGACUGUUACCUGGAGAAUAUAUGGAGGAAACUACCAGAGGAUAAGAAAAAUUCGCUUGCAUGCCUCGACUCCAUGUGGUUUUCCUCAUACAGAAACAAACAGUAUGAGUCUAAGGUGUUGAGAUGGAUUAAGAACAAAGACAUAUUCUCGAAAAAAUAUGUUUUUGUUCCCAUCGUUCUCUGGGGUCAUUGGUGUCUUUUGAUCUAUUGCCAUCUCGGUGAAAGUCUGGAGUCAGAAUCAACAACUCCCUGUAUGUUGUUACUGGAUUCGUUGCAGAUAGCAGACUCCUCGCGAUUUGCACCUGAGAUAAGAAAAUUUGUUUCCAGCAUAUUCAACAAUGAAGAGAGGCCAGAGAGCAAGCAGCUGAUUAAGAAAAUCCCACUAUUGGUUCCUCAGGUACCGCAACAGAGAAAUGCUACCGACUGUGGUAAAUUUGUUUUGUUCUACAUUAGCCUUUUCCUAGAGAAUGCUCCAGAAACUUUUAGCAUUUCAGAAGGCUACCCUUACUUUAUGAAGGAAGACUGGUUUACUCAUGACCAGUUAGAAAGCUUUUGGCAAGACCUGCAGACUGUGAACAAGAACUCAUCAUCUGCUGAUGGAAACUCCUCAGAUUCUGAUGAUGUUAUAUGUUUAGACUAAGAGGGGCAUUUAGAUUGUUUUUCUUACAAAAAUAUGAUACUACCCCAAGGGGAGCCUCAGAGCAACGAUGGGUUUCGUCGUUGUGUGACCUUAUAGGUCCAAACUUGUUUGAGUAACCUAUAUGUCACAGAUUUGAGCUGUGGAAUCAGAUCAUGGUAGGCUGACAAUGUUACACCUUUAGAUCCUUACCGAUUCCUAUAUGAACUCAGGAUGCUUCGU